AUGAACCCCUUUCAAGAUGCUGGCCCAUCUCGUCAGGCCAACUUCGAACCUGAGGACCAGAUGUCCGCCACUCCUGGUAGGAAACGUGUUGGUUGGCAUGAAGAACAUCCCGUACGCUCACAACAAUCACCCGACGACACAGGCUCUGGGGGGCAUAACACGCCCCUCGAACGGUCGGAUGUAUCACAUGAUGAUCUCCAGAAGAUCCGUGCCUCGCUACGUCUAGCUCUUGGAGAUGAGCAUUUACCGGAAGAGGUCAUACAGGAACCUAUCGCUGCUCCAAAAGAUGUACAGAAGCCUCGCCCAGCCAUCCGGAAACCAGGUCCCCGAACGCCACCUCCGGAAUUCUAUCUCAACGACCAGCCAAACCCAUUCGACGACAACGCAGCGACCACUGCUUCGGUUGGUCAUGACCUCAAGGAGAGAUCAGGGCUUGCUGCUCAACGCCGCGCAGCGAGACUGUCCAAGUCUGUCGGUACUUACUCCGCUCCAAUAUCGCGGCGCAACUCCAAGGAGAUCGCGUCUCCACCUGUCGAACUCCAGAACCUUUCAAAGCAAUACGAAUCGGUGGGGGAGACCACCGAUGAUGACGAGGACGACCCCAGAUUCAUGAAGCGUGCAUCCAUGAUUCUUCGUCAGCACACGAUACGAGCUGCUAACGGCCAGCCUGCAUUAAGUGCUGAAGACCUGUAUCACACCGAAGCACCGCUCGCGUCAGGCCAGGUGACACCAGACGCUAUGGACGUUGAGGAUGAGCAUGUCGUUCGUCCUACCAAGUACCGAACGGGAGUGUUGGGUACUCUCAUGAAAAUGUCUUCCAAUGCAGCACCACCGCCAUCAUCAUCACGCCGACCCGUUCACCAUCGAACUCUGAGCACUGGCACGUUCAGCGGAGCGUCAACAGCGGCCAACUCCCCGAACCCAUCGCCGCCCGCCUCCGGCUACUCGACCCCACGCGGAGGCCGUCCUUGGUUCCGAAGCCAUCACAACAACCAGUCAGCAACAUCCAUCUCGCAAUUAGUCGGAUCCUCAGCUCACAGCUUUGCUGCACCUGCGCAACAAGAGCUUGGUCAGGAGUUUGAUCAGCAAUACAAGAAGACAGCCCGUCCGGGCAUGGGCAAGCGUUCUAAGUCUGACGAGUCUAUUUUACCUUUCAAGAAGAACAAGAGGAAGGAGGAGGAGAUCAAGAUCAAAAUUCAUCUUGCUGGUACACUUGCGCGUCAGAACUAUCUGCGCAAGCUGUGUAAAGCGCUCAUGAUGUACGGAGCUCCUACUCAUCGACUGGAAGAGUACCUGAACAUGUCGGCUCGUGUCUUGGAGAUCGAAGCACAGUUUCUAUACAUGCCUGGUUGCAUGAUUGUUGCAUUCGACGACUCCUCAGUUCACACCAGUGAGGUUAAACUCGUUCGAACUAGCCAGGGUGUUGAUCUUGGCAAAUUGCGAGAUGUGCACGAGAUCUACAAAGAUGUGGUCCAUGAUAGGAUAGGUGUGGAAGAGGCUACACCUCGACUGGACGCUAUCAUGGUGCGCAAAGAUAAGUUCAACAAGUGGCUUCGGGUGCCGAUGUACGGCUUAGCCUCUGCGACUGUCGGACCUUUCGCGUUCCAAGCUCGAUUUAUCGACCUGCCCUUCUGCUUCCUUCUGGGAUGCCUCAUCGGAUGGCUUCAACUUGUCGUCGCACCUGGAAAUGACCUUAUCAGCAACGUUUUUGAGAUCGGAGCAUCGGUUAUCACUAGUUUUGCUGCGCGCGCUCUUGGAUCCAUCCGGCACGAUGGGAAAGAGAUCUUCUGCUUCAGCGCUAUGGCUCAGUCUAGUAUUGCCCUCAUUCUGCCAGGUUUCAUGGUGCUUUGUGCAUCACUAGAACUGCAGAGCAAGCACAUUGUCGCUGGGUCCGUACGCAUGGUGUAUGCUAUCAUCUAUUCCCUCUUCCUUGGAUUCGGUAUCACGAUUGGUACUGUACUAUAUGGCAUGAUGGACGGCAAUGCAACCUCCCGAACGACGUGCCAUGAGCCAAUGUCAACGAACUUCUACUACCUCUUUGUCCCUGCGUUCGCAAUCUGUCUACAGAUUGUUAAUCAGGCCAAGUACAAACAAAUGCCUUCCAUGACAGUCAUUGCUUUCAUCGGCUGGGUCAUCAACUUCCACAGCUCAAAGUACUUCAAGAGCAAUGCGCAAGUCAGCAACACUCUCGGAGCACUAGGCAUCGGUAUCGCCGCUAACGCUCAUGCGCGUUUUGGUCGUCACAUCGAGAACUGGAGCUUGGACCUGUGGGAGAACAAGAUACGACCCGAGUUGGUCAAGGUGCGCAAGCUGUAUCGUAGGAAGAGCCAUGGACCCAUCCGUACACCUAAAGUCGAGCGAUCAGCUUAUGACCCGACGCACAACAGCAGUGGCCAUACAUCGCGCGCCAGCUCAGUCAGCGACUUUACGCCACACACCAGGAAAAUCGGCUACGGUCUUGCCGCAGCUGCCAUGUUGCCAGCUAUCUUCGUACAAGUUCCGUCAGGAUUGAGUGUCCAAGGUUCUCUGGUAUCAGGUCUGACUUCAGCCGACCAGAUCGUGCGCAACAGCACCGGCAACGCUACAACACUCAGCACUGCCGACGUAGGCAGCAGCACAACCAUCAACUCCAUCGCUCUAGACGUUGGUUUUUCAGUUGUUCAGAUUGCGAUUGGUAUCACUGUAGGCUUGUUCUUGGCCGCGCUCAUCGUAUACCCGUUGGCAAUUGCGAAUACGCCUAGAGCUGAAGCCAAUCGCAUCGGCUUUGUUGCCCCUCAACAUAACUCGCCGACCAAGCUACCCUUCUCGCUCAACGCGCAAUCCAACACGAUGACAGUAACGCAGAUAAUCCGCUUCCAUGCUCACUCAGCUUCCGAAGCCGACGAUCAAGCCAACGCAGCCGUCAAAGCCCUCAAAGGCGCCAAGGCGCCCGAAAACUAUGUCCUAGGAACCCAAAUCCAGGACAAGCGUAACUUACAGUUGAGCUCGGAAUGGCACGACCCCAAAGCCGAAUCCUCAAAGGAAGCAGAAGCGUACCGCGAAACCGUCAUCAAAAGUCUUGGAAACCCGGAGAAGAUGUUCCAUGUCUCAUUCAAAGAUGGACAGUCAGCUUUCGACAACGGCGGCCCUCUAUCCUCACCUUUGGUCGAGUUUGUGCAGAUUUACUUCCCGACCGACAAGGUCACAAAGGAGUUCCGGGAUAAGAUAGAGAAGGACUUCAAGAAGUUCGAUGAUAUCUGCACUCCGGCCGCCAAGGGUAAUGGCGCGGUAACAUAUGGCUGGGUGCUGGAAGAGCAGGAGCACAAGGAUGUGAAGAAGUCCAAAUGCUUCUUUGUGGCGAGAGGAUGGGAGGGUAUGCAGUAUUUUGAGGAUGUAAUCAAGACGGACGAGUACAAAGAGGCUGUGAAGAUCCUGAUGGGAUGGCAGGCGCCGUGGGAUAUGUGGCACGUCAAGAGGGAGUUUUGA